UAUCAGUACAAAUGGCAGAUUCAGAAGAAAAGUGGGAAAGAAUUGCAAGGAAACUCAAUAGGUCAGCAAAAUCAAAGAGGAAAGCCAAAAGAAACAAGUCUCUCUGGAAUUUUCAAAAUAAAAUCAUCCUGUUUACAGUGGUCCUCUUCAUUGUAGGUGUUAUAACUUGGACAUUGUUGUGGCUCUUUAUUGUUCAGGCAGAAAACAAAGAUGCACUGUAUUUUGUUGGAUUAUUUCGUGUUGCCAACAUUGAGUUUCUCCCAGAGUAUCGGCAGAAGGAAUCCAGGGAGUUUCUCUCUGUUGCACAGAAUGUGCAGCAAGUGAUGAACUUGGUAUAUACCAAAUCUGCUUUCUCCAAAUUCUAUAAGCAAUCCAUUGUCUCAGAUGUCAGUAACAACAACAAUGGGGGUCUUCUUGUCCAUUUCUGGAUUGUGUUUGUGGUGCCACAAGCUAAAGGGCAAGUGUUUUGUGAAGAUUGUGUAGCUGCUAUUUUAAAGGACUCAAUUCAGACAAGCAUCAUCAAUCGAACCUCAGUAGGGAGUCUUCAAGGCCUUGCUGUCGAUAUGGACUCCAUUGUGCUUAGCGUUGGGCUUCGAUCAGAUUACUCUUCAACAACAGGAACAGGUUCAAGUUGCAUAUAUGAUCUGCAUGCAGACCGGCUGCACCAGCACUUUCCAUUGGACAUUUCAACAGCAUCUGGAAGGAUGAUCUGCUAUUUCAAACUGAUUGCAUUGGUCGGCUACUUAAUCCGCCUCUCCGUAGCAUCCAUUCAGAUUGAAGCAGACAAUUGCAUCACUGAUUCGUUGACCAUUUAUGACUCCCUGAUGCCAAUCAAAAGUAAGAUACUGUAUCGAAUUUGUGAACCAACCAAUUCAUUCCUGUCUUUCGUUUCUACAAAUAAUUUGAUGCUGGUUACUCUGAAGUCCACGCAAGUGAAGAAAGUGAAGGAAUUUCAUGGGUACUUUGAGGUCAUCCCACAAGAAAAAUGCGGCAAAGCUAUACUGGCAUUGGGAAGUCCUCGGUUUGAAGGGAGAAUCAUGAGUCCUUAUUACCCAAGUUACUACCCUCCAAAAUGCAUUUGCACAUGGAGUUUCCAGACUCCCCUAAAAAAUCUUGGCAUAGCGCUGAAAUUUCAUAAUUAUACUAUCAGUGAAAAAAGCAUUAAAGGCUGUGAGCAUGGAUGGUGGAAAAUUAAUGAACACAUGUAUUGCGGUUAUUACAUUGAUCAUCAAACAAUAUUCCGAGUUGCAAGCUUUGCAGUUAACGUUGAGUUUCAAUGUAGUUCCAAAAUUUCAGAGCAGCCAUUGCUUGUAGAAUAUGGAAGCUACAAUAUCAGCCAACCUUGUCCACUUGGAUCUUUUGAAUGCCACACAGGUUUAUGUGUUCAACAAACUCGGCGCUGUGAUGGGAUCAAUGACUGCUUUGAUGAAAGCGAUGAGCUCUUUUGUGGUGUUCCCAAACAAAACUGUAACACCAGUUUCCUAACACAGCACCAUUCCCUUUUCUGUGAUGGAAUCAAUGACUGUGAAGAUGGUGAAGACGAACAACACUGCACUGAAAGCAUUCCGUGUACCAACAAUACAUUUAAGUGCAGCAAUAAUAUUUGCUUCAGGAAGCAGAAUGCAAGAUGUGACGGGAUUGUAGACUGCGUCGAUCGAAGUGACGAAAACAAUUGCAGCUGUGGCAGCACUAAAUACCGCAACAUGCCCCACAGGAUUGUGGGGGGGCUGGAUGCCCAUGAAGGUGAAUGGCCAUGGCAAGUCAGCCUCCAUUUUGCUGGAGUUGCUUACUGUGGAGCCUCUGUGAUAUCAAAGGAGUGGCUUCUCUCUGCUGCCCAUUGCUUUCAAGGGAACAGGUUAUCUGAUCCUAGAAUCUGGACAGCUCAUUUGGGAAUGCGCACUCAAGGAAAAGCCAAAUUUGUCUCUACUGUGAGAAGGAUUAUUGUGCACGAGUACUACAACAGCAGGAAUUAUGACUAUGACAUUGCCCUGCUCCAAUUAAGCACACCGUGGCUGGACACAAUGAGGUGGCUAAUUCAGCCAAUCUGCCUGCCUCCCAUCACACAUAGAGUUCACACUGGGGAGAAGUGCUGGGUAACAGGAUGGGGGCAAAAGCAAGAAACAGAUGAUGAAACCUCGGCAGUUUUGCAAAAAGCAGAGGUAGAGAUUGUUGAUCAAACACUGUGUCAUUCAACGUAUGGGCUUAUUACAGCCCGCAUGCUGUGUGCUGGGAUGCUGUCUGGGAAAAGGGAUAGCUGCAAAGGAGAUUCUGGAGGACCCCUAUCAUGUCGAAGCAAAAGUGAUGGAAAGUGGUUCUUGAUGGGAAUCGUUAGCUGGGGCUAUGGCUGUGGAAGACCCAAUUUCCCCGGAGUAUACACAAGGGUGUCAAAUUUUGCUACAUGGAUACACAAAUAUGUGCCUUCAAACGGCAGAACAAACCAGGGAAGCAUCAUCAUGAGGUCUUUCCCAUCCAGACGCCUCUCUGUUAUAUACAGCAUACCUACUCCUUGCGACUCACACUUUCUCUCUGGACUGGGUCUGCCUUUUCACCACAGCCAGGCUUCACAAGAAGAUAUUGCAAGUCGAAAGCAUUCUUUUGGCCAAAAAGUGCCUUUUCGUUUCUGGAAAAGAUGUCUUUUACAAACGUUACCUGUGAUUUCCUUGACUGUCACUGUGAUUCUGCUGGUGCUGUACUAUACGUUAUCUCCUGCAUUCUCUUUCAUCUACAUUGGUGGAAGCCUAGAAAUUCCUAACCUGACCUACACAAGUGACCUAAUGCACCCCAAAUCACAUACAUUUAUAUUGCAAGCUGAAGCUGUCCAGAAUUGUUUUCCAGAAUUGUAUGGAUCUUCUGCCUUAGGGAAUUAUUACUUGACAUCUGUUAUUACUGCUUUUAGUGAAGGAAAGAGUGGCCUUCGAGCUUAUUACUGGAGUACAUUUUGGGCCCCACAAGAUAUGGUUCUUUCUAUUCAAAAUCUGUCUUCGACGAAGCAAAAGCAAAUACUCAGUAAACGGGCACCUGCAACUGAAAACAGCACGGCUGAAGUAUAUUCUUUGGAGGAGGAUUUUGAUGUUAUUACCAUGGAACUCUUUGUUUCAGAUUCUAUGGACUAUGAUGUGACAUGGAAAGCAGUGGCCUUUGACCUCUAUGCAAAGCCUGGUAAUAAUAGGACCUUAACACUGAUGAAUCCUAAGAGACCUUUUUAUCAGUGGAGGCUGCGAGUUCCGUCGGACCACGUUGUGAGACUGGUGGUUGUUCCCUUGCAUAGCGUGACUCCUGGGAGCUGUGCAUCUCACAGGCUAUCCGCAUAUGACUUCCUUCUCCCUCUGCAAAAUAAGAUCAUUACAAGAUGGUGUGGGUCGUCCGGGGCCUGGACAUCCCCAGUUAUACGUUUAACUUCAUCAAGUAAUGUCAUGUUGGUCACAUUCUCAUUGGACCGAAGAAAAGAGAGCAAUAUAUUGAAUGCAUAUUUUCAAGCAGUUCCUAAAAUUGUAUGUGGCGGUCGAUACAUCUCUUGGAAUGGGACUGUAAUUUCUCCAUACUACCCAAGUUACUAUCCACCGAAUAUUGACUGCCACUGGAUUAUUAGAGCACCACUGCCUGGCUAUAGAUUGCUGCUAAAAAUUCUUGUAAUACAAGUUCAGGAACCAUCCCUUGGAUCCAAUAGAUGUGAUAAAGAUUGGUUGGAAAUUGAUGGAAUUAGAUAUUGUAAACCUAUUGGGGAAGGCAGCAGGGUCAAGGAAUAUGGCUAUUCAGUGGCCAUCCAUUUCCAUUCAGAUGAACUGGUCACACACAGGGGUUUUUAUAUUGAAUUCAGAGCUUUCAGCCACGCAGACCCUUGUCCUAGGCAAUUUAAAUGUUCCGACAAAACAUGUGUCUCUUUAAACAGUAGAUGUGAUGGGUGGAAAGACUGCGCCGAUGGAAGUGAUGAGGUAAACUGUGGUUGCAAUCCCGUGAAGUCUAAUUGUGGUAAUGGGAAGUGUAAACACCAUUCCAGGCCUUGCAAAGGAGAUGGCAGCUGUGAAAGUGAGAGUGAUGAGGAGGAAGACAAUUGCGCCUAUAGAAGCUGCUCACAGCAUGCAUAUAAAUGUCUAAAUGGAAAGUGUCCAAUAAAGCAAAACCCAGAGUGUGAUGGAAUAAGAGACUGUGCAGAUGGAUCUGAUGAAAUGAACUGUGCAUGUGGAAGGAGUCAGGUAAAAAGACCCAGAAUUGUUGGUGGUGAAGAUGCAAAGUAUGGAAAGUGGCCUUGGCAAGCCAGCUUGCAGCUAAAAACAUAUGGCCAUAUAUGUGGUGCAUCUAUUAUUUCAAAUAGUUGGCUGGUAUCUGCUGCCCAUUGCUUUCAGGACUCUGAUUCGAUAAGAUACUCUAUAGCAUCUGGCUGGACAGCAUAUAUGGGUAUAAAGGUCAUUAACAGAAACAAUGAUAAUCAUGUAGCGAUGAGAUCGAUCAAAAGGAUCAUUGUUCACCCACAUUAUGACCAAUAUAUCUCAGACUAUGACAUUGCCCUGUUGGAAAUGGAGUCACCAGUAUUCUUCAAUGAGCUGGUACAGCCCAUAUGUUUACCAAGCAGUCGUAGACUAUUAAUUUAUGGAACUGUCUGCUAUGUAACUGGCUGGGGAGCCGUAAAAGAAAAUAGUGAACUUGCAAAAACACUGCAAGAAGCGAAGGUGAAAAUAAUUGAUCAGAGUGUUUGCAACAAGCUUUAUGACGAUCUGAUUACUUCUCGGAUGCUGUGUGCUGGGAACCUUAAUGGUGGCAUUGAUGCAUGUCAGGGUGACUCUGGAGGUCCAUUAGCCUGUUUAGGAAGAGGGAACAGAUGGUACCUUACAGGCAUUGUCAGCUGGGGUGAAGGAUGUGCUCGACGGAAUCGCCCUGGCGUUUACACUAAGAUCACAACACUUUAUGACUGGAUUCGUCAAUACACAAAAUGACAGAUGAGUUCUGGAGAAAGCCAAAAGUAUGCGCACAUUCUUACUGAUGAACCAAACAGGAUUUAUACUAUGAUAAAGGAGAAACAUUACAGAUAUAUUUUGUAUGGGCAUAUGGAAUAUAUAUAAAAUUUAAGCAGGCAAAAAUCAGUGAAUGUUUCCCACUGCAAAGAGCAAUAUGAACACAACCACAAGGUUUAUUUCACUGUCUUUGUUGAUUUUCUCGGUGUUCCAUCAACAGGGAUGGGUAAAUGGAGUAGCACAUUUGAUCAGUAUCUGCCUGCAAGUAUUUUGAUGCAGCUUCUGCUUUGCAUUAGCUUUGAUCUUGCUUUUGAUGAUUUGCUGUUAAUAGGCAUGCAGGCUUUCUUCUUCCCUGACAACAAAAAUUGUCCAUUUCUGAGAUGUAUGAAGACCUUUGGAAGAUACCAAAUAUGCUGAAAAUAAAGGAUGCUUUAAUUUUUGGGAUGGGAAUUAGAGACUGAUGAAGCUUCAAUUUCCCUUCUCUGUCAGUUUCCAGAAGGUGGUUGUGUCGGUUGGCUGCAGCAAAAACAUCAAAAACUCUUGCAGCAUUAUAAAGGCUAACAAGUAUAAAGUUUCACAGACAAUAUCCCACUUCAUCAGAUAUUUGAAGUGUUAUCCUGAGUUACAAGUCUAUACAUACUAAUUGUUGGAAGAAGAAGGGGAUUAUAAACAGGGAGGCCAAAGGUAAAUGAAAUGCAGAAUGCAGUGAUGAGUUAUUUUAAUAAGUUACCACUGUCUGUUCUUCCUACAUUUCAUUUUCUUCUGAAGCCACGGUGGAUUUACACCUGUUACCUAGGCUAACAUUUUGAUACAGUGAAGAAGUGGGCUGUUAGCCUACAAACGCUUAUGCCAUAGUAAAAUGGUUGGUCUUCAAGGUGCCACAAGAUUCUUCAUUCUUUCAGAAUUCCUGGUAUUAUUUUGCUCUUCUCAGUGGACUUUUUAACCAUCUAUUCACCCACCCAUCAUCACCUCCUGGUAAUAUGAGUGUUAGGCUAGAUAAGGAAUUGUAUAGGACCUUUAGCUAACUGUGUAACAAGUUAAGCCAAAGAGAUUGUUCCAUCAGUUUGAGUGAAAAGUCUGUUCAGCAUCCUUGUUUUGUCAAGUUCCUUAUGUACAAUCAAACUAUGUCCUUCCUGCUAGCAUUUAGAAUCACUUUCAUUUCACUGAGACUAUUCACAUGACACCUUGUAUUUAAGUUCCCUCUUUCUAAUUUUGUUUGUAAAGCACAGCUUCUGGCCUGGCAAAUGUAAUCUAAAUCACCAGUAGCUCUUAGAAUGCCAGUGUGAUAUGUUCCAUGAUUUGAAGGCAUAGGAGGCAGCAAGCUUGUUGAAGAUAAGUAGGUCUGAAUGUGGUCAGUUCCUGGAGAGGAAACGACCUGGGAGCCUUAUACACAAAAGCAAGGGAGGUUGAGAAGCAAAGCAAGAGAAAAUAAAAGCAAAAGGACUUCACCAGA